AUGGCCUUGUUGGAGAUUUGGCACGUGAAGGCCCACGAGCAGCUGCGGACGAUGGCGCCGUACUGGCUCGAGUUUGAGAAGGAGAUGAUGGAGAACCUCAUGCUGGAGCGGGACAUCAUGGUGGUCAUGGCGAAAGGCCUCGCCCAGCGCACGCUGCUCACCAACUUCUUGCGCCUCCACGGUGUGCCCACGAACCUUGUGCUGUGUCUGAACGCGACCGACACGGCCGAGCUCUACGUCGAGGCGCUCACGAUGCAAGGCGUCCCGCUCGACCAGCUACCAAAAAUCAUCACCAACAAGUGCACGGUGCAGGAGCGCAAGCAGCUCUACAAGGAAGGCGGGUGCUUCUUCAUUACGUCUCGCAUCCUCGUGGUCGACUUGCUCAACCAAUCCAUCGAUGUCCCGAUGAUUUCGGGGCUGCUCGUCUGUGACGCGCACCGCGUCACGGACACGUCGGUCGAGGCCUUCAUUCUGCGUCUCUAUCGAGAGAUGAAUCGGACCGGGUUCGUCAAGGCCUUCUCGGAAGACGCGUACGCCUUUGCCUCGGGCUUCCACAAGGUCGAGCAGGUGAUGAAGCUCCUGUACCUUCGCAAGCUCCUCCUCUACCCGCGCUUUCACAUGGCCGUGCACUCGGUGCUGGACCAACACUCGCCCGAGGUCUACGAGAUUGAAGUCAGCCUCACGCCACUCAUGAAGGACAUACAAGCUGCGCUGCUUGUCGCGCUCGAAGCGACGCUCAACGAGCUCAAGCGCGGUUGCAAGGACCUUGACGAAACCGAGCUCACAAUGAAGAACGCACUAACAAAAGCCCUUGAAUUUCAGCUCAAGAAGCAGUUGAGCGCCAUUUGGCACCGGCUGCCGCACAAAACCAAGCAGCUCACGAGCGACCUCACGGUGCUGCGCCAGCUACUCGCGUACUUGACGCGCUACGACGCCAUCACAUUUUAUAGCUUUCUCCUCGCGCAAAAGGCGCAAAGCGGGAACCAGCGCACGCCGUCACCGUGGCUCUUCACCGCCGCCGCGGACCGCCUCUUUAUCGCAGCCAAGAAGCGGCUGUACACGAUCAACACCAAGAAGGACGCUGUGAUCGAGCUCACGCUCGAAGCCAACUCAAAAUGGCAGUCGCUAAACGAGCUACUGACCGAGAUCCGUGACGCACCAGCGACAAGUACCGUCACCGGCGGCGCUACGACCCUUAUCCUUGUCCGGGACGAACGCACGUGCGCCCAGCUGCGCGAGUUUCUCUAUUGCGGCGGCACCGACAUGCUGCAGCGUCGGUUCCGGCAGUACCUCCAGCAAAAAGGCGGGAAUUCCUUCUCGACCGAGCACCAGCUGCUUCUCCACGCAUGCGGCAUCGCGCCGGUGGCGCACAAGGCUAGCUCUAGCAAGCGCAAGGCCGUGACGGCCACGAACGAGCCGCUCCCGAGCGAAAUGGCGUCGUACGGGCUCUCAAUGGACGAGCUCGUCAAACUAAGCCAAGACGACGUGGUCAAGAAGGCCAAACCAUCGGUGCCGCUGUCCGUGCUCGACCGGAAGGACCACCUCGUCAUUUGCACGUACGCGCAGGCAAAGCGGUGUGCGACGCUCCUCCACGACGUGCAGCCCGAACACGUGAUUCUGUACGACCCGGACGUCGCGUUCAUUCGCGAGCUGGAAGUGUACCACGCGCACUACGCCGACGACCCGCUCAGCGUCUACUUUAUGGUCUACGAAGAGAGCGCCGAGCAGCAAGCGUACUUGACCGAAGUUCAACGCGAAAAGGAGGCCUUUGAGAAACUCAUUCGACAAAAAGAGCACAUGGUGAUCCCGCUCAACGUCUUUGACAUCCCGGCGCACAUCAAGGCCAAGCAGGCGCCGCAGUACAGCUUGGACACGCGGACAGGUGGCCGCGCGCGCGUCCAGCUCGUGUCGCACAGCGUCAUUGUCGACGUCCGCGAGUUUCGGUCGGCGCUGCCGUCGAUGCUGCACAAGGAAGGCAUGGUCUUGCACCCCGUGACGCUCGAGGUGGGGGACUACAUACUCUCGUCGCAAAUGUGCGUCGAGCGCAAGUCCAUCAGCGAUCUUUUUGGCUCGCUCAACAAUGGCCGCCUCUUCAACCAAGCCGAAAUGAUGAUCCGCCACUACCAGACGCCGCUCUUGCUCAUCGAGUUCAACCCCGAAAAACCCUUUGCGCUCCAGGAAGCCGGCGAGAUCACGAGCGAUAUCAAGCACAACAGCAUCACGUCCAAGUUGAGUCUCCUUGUCCUCCACUUUCCUCAGCUUCGUUUUCUCUGGUCCAAGUCACCCCACGCGACAGUCGAGCUCUUUCGACUCGUCAAGAAAGGCCAAGACGACCCGGACGUCGAGGCCGCGAUGGCCGCUGGGUCGGCGACCUCGGGCGGCUCGUCGUUCUACAACAUGAAUGCGGUCGAUGUCCUGCGCAAGCUCCCGGGGAUCACGGCGCACAACUACCGCAAGGUCGCCGCUCACUGUCGCACUCUCGCGGACCUGAGCAAGAUGACGCUGGCCGACCUCGACCCACUCCUUGGGCCCUCGAACGCCAAGAAGCUCCAUCGCUUCUUCCACCACAACGUCAACGGGUAGUACCUCGGGAUACUCUAGCUACGGCACUGGUAUUAUUUG